AUGCACGCAGAUGUAUGUAUUGUAAUUCAUUCUGCCGUUUCUUUUCAACCCAUCAAUCAUAGAAUAGGGCGUGCAUGGACUGUGUUAGGGGAGCGGCAUUUUGAAACUAGGAUGUUUCAACUACGGUCGUGUGUUUCAUACUCCCUUUGUUAUGUGCAGGUGAACCAACGGCGCACGAUGAUGGGGCUCUUUGAAGAGCAGGCCCCCCCUGGAUCCGGUGAAAACAAAGUUUCUACUUUUGCUCGGUCACUGGACCAAUUAGAAGCAAAAAACACCCGCAUCGUUAAAAAGGCGUGUGGCAUCCCGUUUCACAUUGGCGAGGCAGAGGCUCUGGAUGCUGUAUGUCGUCACCAUGGCGCUACGGUGCGUGUUCACAGUGUCGAACGGUACAUGAUGCCUUUCUGGCUCGCAGCGACGGCAGCCGGUGGGAGUUUCCGUGCUGAAAUUCUACAGAGGGAUCCUGCGUACUUAACGCAGCAGCAUUGCCUUGUUUGGGUUGAGGGACCGAAUUACCAGUUCAGCUACCCGUUUGGUGAGCACCACCCAUCCAAUCAAGUAUCUGCGUCGUACGUUCACCCACUGUCGCUGGUGGAGCGUUGUGUUGUUGGAACACAUGUUCCCUCCAUGCUUAUCUCACGUUUCGAGUUGCUAAAAGAGCUAGAGGAAAUGGAGGUGCAUCCCAAAAUCAUACCCUUUGCGAUGUCGACGGCCACAGCGCUCACCAUUUUGGACUCCCGUCUGACAAGAGAUACCGUUCUUCGGCGUAUCGAUCAGGAACUGGUCAAGUUCCACGGCUCAUUCGUAAGAAGCAAUGUAACCCUUACCGGUAUUUACAAGGAAAGUAUUUCCAUUCGUCCUGUUUUUCUCCCAAUGUUGCGGUUUACGGUUACAACGGGAAACUCAUCUACACAGUGUCCCACUUUUGUGUGUGGUGCUACUGGUAAAGUUGCUGGUCCCGUCUUACACCUCACAAAACGUGGAAAAUCGGGCGUAGCACUGCUCUUUAGCGCUGUUACGCUAAUAGCCUCCGCCACAGUGGUCGAACCUGGUGUUGCAACUACAGCCUCUAUUUUCGCAGCUGCACUAUCACUACGUGUCCAACAGUUUUUGAUGGUGAUGUGUUUCCUUCGGGAGCAGACAAACCAGAUGGCGGAGUUGAAAACGGCGGGGAUGUUGCACUUCACCUCUGAUCAGCAAGGCUACCGUUGGUCGCCUGAAGAUGAGGAGCGUGAGGAAUACGAGUAUCGGGAGGAACUGCGGCGCCAAGCUCGUAAAAAAGAGAGUUUUGAGCAAAGGGUGAAGGAAGAAGCUGCUCGUGACGAAGCUCGCCGUGGACGACACGUCAACCCAAAGGAGAGGCGGCGUACUGAUUUGGAGAAUGUUGACCCACUAGGAUACUACAAGUUACUUGGUUUGAGUGGUCGGGAGUUUUCUGCAACUUCAAAGGACGUAGCUGUGGCUUUCCGCGAAGCGGCCAGGCGGCACCACCCGGAUGUGUCUAACACAGGUGAAAAUGAUGAAAUAAGUAGGAGUAGAAUGCAAAAGAUAAUUCUUGCGUAUAAGAUCCUUCGCGAUCCCAUCACUAAAAAGGCGUAUGACUCGGGGAAACUGACUAGUAUCCAGUACGAUGAAGGAGGAUAA